CCGUCCUCCUCUCUCGAGAGGCGAGCCGCGCGCGCGCACCACUCUUUCGCGACGCCAUGAAGCACGCCGCGAAGCUCCCGUCCUGCGGCGCUUCGUCGUCGUCCGCGAUGGCCGCUCACAGGCUCUCCCACGGGAUAGCCAAGGCGCCGCCGCGGAAGAUCAGGAUCGUGCACGUCCUGGCGCCGGAGGUCAUCAAGACGGAGGCCCGGCACUUCCGCGAGCUCGUCCAGCGGCUCACCGGGAAGCCCGCCCCGAACGGUGCCGGCGCAGCGGCAUCCCCCGAGGACGCGUCGUCUUAUUCGCCGCCAGACUCGUGCGACACGCCGGGCGGCGGGGGUCCCCGUGCCGGCGCGGCUCCGGUGAUCAAGUCGGAGGCAUCGUCGGAAGGAGGAGGGUACCUGCGAGCGCUCGGGUCGGAGGACGCCGGCAACGAGGUGUUCUUCCAUGGGCUGGAGGACUUCCUCUUCAGCUCCUGCAACAUGGAUGGCUUUAGUUUGAUCUGAUCAGGGGCUGGAAAUGGAGAAGCGGACUGUGACUCUCUGCAAAUGGAAGGGAAUUCUGUGCACUCUGCAUGUCAGUCUGUCAGUAGUCAGGACUCAGGUACAGAGUGACCAAACUUGCCCCGCACGUUCAUAGAGCAGAACAAAAAUUAUCACAAGAAUCUCAAAUUCGCGUCUUGCUCUGCAACAUUCUUUCGAAUUUUCUUCUGAAUGUUUUAUACAUGACGACCACUGUUUGAAACGUUAAACCUUUGACGUUUUAAGAGAGUGGUUGCUGCCGUCCCCACUGGCGCUGCACAGCUGCCCUGCUGAUGAGAGCAGAGCAGCCUUUAUAAUAAUACAUUAUAACCGCAGGUUGAACAAAAUAGCAUUUGCUUUUGCACACCAUUGAAUAAUACCAGCUGGAAGCUUGAAAUUUAUUUCUGACAAGUUUAGAAUGCAGUAUUUGAUUUGUAUAAUGUGGAGAGAAAAAUCAGUUCAGACUUAUUUGAUUGUCCCUCCUGUAAAUUGAAAU